AAAAAUUCAUCAUAAAAUAUAAAUACGAACGCGCUCUCAAACUUAUAACAUUAUCAUUCAUAUUGUGUCACUGACUCGAGUCUUUGCUUUUCCAGCGAGAUCUCCUGUGGAACAUGACAUUUUGAUACGCGGAAGCCUGAGCGAUGUCAGGGUUAGGUGAAGAAGAUGAAGUUCGGAAACAGCAUCUUCCUGGCAGGGUGCCCUGUGACGAACGCUCUCCACCCAAUCCGAAGAGGAGAAAGGGCCACCGAGAACCCCUGAUCCUGAAAUAGAAUGCACUAGAGUCCUCAGUCGACCAAAAUCUAAGCGGGACUACGAAACUCUGUCGCCAAAAUCGCGUCAUUUGGAGAGGGUCAAAAAACGGUCCAUGUCCAGAAGCUGCGUGAGCUUGUUGCUUCUCAUGAAUAAGCUGCUUGGUUUCAAAGUGCAAAGGAUGAAGUGUGUUAAAGACAAUGUCUUGAUGCAACGAAAUCUUGGAAGAGAAUAAUCAGUGUUUAUUUUGAAAAGUGGCGAGCUAGAUGGUUGAUUUUUACUCAUGAUUUAACGGCGAACCGAGUAACAGGAACUUCUGUUUGGAAGAACUGUUUGACGUAGGCGAAAGCGGUAAGGGAACUUGAUUCAGGAAAUUAUUAUUGACUCAGACAUUAAAAGUAAAAUGGAAUCUAAGACUUUCGCUUCAAAUCAAAAUGGUGACAGCCUUCAUUUAACAUUUAAUCCUGAAGUCAGAAAAGUAACUCGUCUUGGAAACAUAAAAGACCCACAGAUAAUUAAAUCUCCUUCCUGGCCGUCAUCCCCAACAAUUCCGAGACACGAAAUUAGACAAACCGAACCUAUUUUCUGGACUUUAGGGAGAAGAAAAUUGCCCCACAAAGGAUCUGAUGAAAAUUUCUUGAAAGAAAUUUCACUUUGUGAUGAUAGAAAAUCUGCUGUUGAUGAAUAUGAACAAAUGCGCACUAUACUUACUAAUAUGAAUUUAAAGAAAUAUUACUUACGAAGGGAUUCUAAUCCGAAUUCUUGUCAAAAUGAUAUGCACUUUCCCUUGCGCCGCAGUGUAUCUGUACAGCCUCAAACAAACACAAGUAUAAAUUGUACUGGUAAAAGAUCAUUUCUUGAUGACAUACCUCCUCCACCGAAAACGAAAUCCAUCUUAGAAUUGUCAAAAGAUAAUUUAUCUCAUGGAAACAAUAUCCUUACAAAGGAAAAUAUUUAUUCUUUGGAUUUAAGUCCAGUCAAAAGUUUACAAAAACCUGUUAAUAGUAAACUGAGAGAACUUACCGAAAGAUUGAGGCCUGCAUCUGCACCUCCAUCGCCUCAUAGAGCACCAAAAUAUACUGUACCACGAUCAGCUCCACCUAUGAGUAACUUUUCUUUUUGGAAGGAUCCUUUGCCUAAUGAAAAUUCCUUAAUGUUGUCAUAUAAUAAGUCCUUUAAGGAUCUAUCUUCAGUGGAUUCCAACCAAGAUCAAAUUAUUUCUAAAAAUAAAGUGAGUAAAUUACCGAAACCAAUUCGAAAAAAUAAUAUUGCAAGCUAUGCUACUUUACCUAGAACAAAAGUACUGGAAUCCGCCAAGGAACCAAGAACUUUAGCAAGUUUAGACCUAAAUAUAAAUUUUCAGCCUUAUAGAGAAAGUUAUAAAUUAGCUGAUUCAGAUAUAAAUAAUUCAAAUAGAGAUAGAGAAAAUUUUGGAAAUUAUAAGAAAGAUGUCGAUAAAGAAGAUUUGAAGAGUAAUAGAAAUAAUAAAAACAACUUUCAUGAAUCUGAAAGUGAGAAUCAUGAAGACUUCUACAGUCCUCCCAGAAGCCGAAAAGGAAGUAUAAAAAAUAGCAAUACUUCUAAAAAAGGAGAAUUUGAUUUGAAUUUUGUCAAUUAUGGGUCACUUAACUCUUCUCGAACAGAACGCAGAAAGAGCCUAGACAAGAAAGAUACUGAUGCCUCACAUGUCCAUUCAUCUGAGCCCAGAAAACGCAGCUUAGCUGGUAUAGAGAUUUGCGACAGAGAAAUUUCUUCGAAUAACAAAACAGAGAAAUCUCAUAAGAGUAAUGGAAAAACAACGAACGAGUCAAUGAAUUCUGACGAAAAACGACAUUAUUAUCACUCUGACGGAUCAAAAAGUGUUCCGGUCUUACCAAAUUCUUCGGAAAACCCACUUGAGGAGGAUAUCAGAACAAUUGCUAGACUUUUGGAUGGAAAAGAAAGUCUCUUCUUAAAACUCAUACAGUCUUCCAAAAUAGAGAACGAAGCCUCUAAGCAGGCAAUAAACUCAUAUCGAGAGGCAAUCUCUCCCAAACCUGGUGAGAAACUUCAAUCAGCUCCAGGCAUAAGCCAAAAAUCGUCAGACCUUCGAAGCAGUGAUAGGAAUAGUCCAACUAGAAUAAGAGCCAUGACUGUUCCUGGAACAGAACCAAACCGGAAUGUGGUUGCUAACCAAAUAUCACCACCACCUCAACAAAAGCGAUUUUAUAAGAAACGGCUUCGAGGACCAUAUGGGGAAAUGCUGGAGCAAGAGAUGAGUAAAUCUUUCAAUAAACCUAGACCUUCAUAUGCCAAAGAUUUGGAUUUUUUAAAAGAAUUGGAUAAUGUUACCCAGAAAGCCUCUUCUUCUGACAAAGAAUCAGAAAGACCAAGAACGUUGCUUCGUUCGUCAAGCCAUUCUUUUGAUGAGACUCAUUCAAUUGUAGUAGAUGGUGCUCCUAAACGGAAAACGAGUGCGAAUAUUCCCAUUGUUAGUGACAAUGAAGAACAUGGAUCGUUACGUGUUCCAUCAACAUCUGUGAGUGGAACGGUGUCUGAACCAACUCUUCAUAUUAGAAGUCACAGUGAUUCAGUAAAAACUUCUAGUGCCUGGAAUGUGGAUAAUCUCAUUUCUAAAGUUUUAAAGCAGAAUGCACAGCAAGAUAUCAGAACGCAUAUUGUUGGCGAGUUGUAUGAAACCGAAUUCUCAUAUGUCGAAUCUCUUCAAAUCAUAAUUAAGAAAUACAUGAUUCCCUUAAAAGGCAGCGAGCAUUCUGAGGAAAUCGAGGGAUCACAAGUGGACCAGAUCUUCUGCCAAGUGCCAGAAAUUCUCAAGUUCCAUGAAACAUUUCUGGAGACACUGAAGAGUAGACUUAGCUACUGGGACACGAAGCAAAAAAUUGGAGAUGUUUUCAUCGAUGUCUUUACAAGAUCUGCCGUAGUUGAUACAUAUAUUAAUUUCAUCAAUAACUGGAAAUCAGCAAGAGAUGCGAUCAAAUCUAUUUCCCUUGCGAAACCAGCCUUUGCAAAGUUCCUUGAGAAUACAUCAAGGGAACAUAAAGGCAAACUUACAUUGGAUGCUUUACUUAUUAUGCCUGUACAGCGUAUUCCUCGUUAUGAGUUACUUAUUAAGGAACUCUUGAAACAUACACCUAUGGAUCAUCCUGAUUAUAAACUUUUAUUGCAAGCACAGAAAGAAGUUCAUGAAUUAGCAGUCAAAAUCAAUAAAGUAGAAAGGGAGGCUUUGCAACUAGAACAAAGACUACAAAGGCUGGGAGAAGUUGAGCACUUAAUUGAAGGCAUUACAGAUCUUACACAAGGAGACAGGAGCUUUAUUAGACAUGAUUUUGUUUUAAUUCCUGGUGGGCUAGGAUUGAAAAAAGAACGAUGUUUGUUCCUCUUCUCUGAUAUGUUGCUCAUAACAAGUAUUAAAAGAAAAGGCGGAGCAAUCAGGAAGACUUCAAUAGCAGUAUCUGCUGCAGCAUGUGGAUCUUUAGAAUCCAAUAAGUAUAAGCUUCUAAUGAGAACAUCCUUACACAAUGUUGAUAUAAUAAAAACAGAUGUUGAAGAACCUUGUGUUAGGACUUUUUUAAAAGAAGUUUCAGGUUUGGAAAGUGACAUUGGAACCCUUGGAAAAAUUUCUGAUAUAAUUGGAUCAUUGCAUUGUGAACAUCAAAUACUAGAGGAAGUUAUUAAAGAUCUUCUAUCAAGCUUAACCAAACAGUUAGCUGAAAAACAAGCUUCUUGCUCACAGCUCAUGCAUUUAGAUCUAGCUAUUAAAAUUAAUGAUGAGGUGGAGAAUAUAAGCCUCGUCUUUCCAAAUCCUGAGCAAAGAAUGACUUUUGAAGCUGCAUUUUUAGAUGCAAAGGAAAAAUUAGAUAAUGCUGCUGAAAAAACUCCAUCCCCUGAAUUCUUGUGUUCUCUUCCUCUACGUAAAACAAGAGCUGGCCUUUUGAUAACUUGUGCUGCAGCAGUUGUAGACACAUGCCAGAAUGGUUUGCCUGAUUUAUGGAUAUGUAGUAGUGAUGGUUUAGUUGGUCAAGUGUGUGUACUUACUUUUCAAAAUGAACCUGUGAUUGCUUCUUCUGUUGCAAUAUGUGAAGCUAGGAUAAUUUGCAUUGCUGCUGUUCCUGGAGUUAGUUCUGGUUCUCUUCUUGUGAGGCGACGUAGCACACUGUUUCCAUAUUUGCCAGGAUUUAAAUUUGAGAAAUUAGAUAAAGGUGAUAUUGACCAAGGAAAAUCUAAAAGAUUUCCUUUAGACAGUGAUUCAGAUGAAGACUAUAUUGAUGCUACAGAUGAAUUUGGUAGUGAAGAUGCAAAUACAUUGCAACCUACUAUGUGGCUAGGUACUGAAGAUGGACGAAUUUAUAUCUAUAAUUGCACUGAUGUGAGGCUCCAGAGACCAAAGUUGCGGCUGUAUCAUUCAACUAGCAUAUAUCAUAUUUUGCAUGUAAAUGAAAGAGUGUUUGUUUCUUUGGCAAAUGGGGAAAUAGCUAUUUAUUCUCGAGAUGAUAGUGGUCUAUGGAAUACAAGUAGUCCUCAUAAAGUUCAAGUAGCAAAUGAAGUUUCUCCUAUAUUGAAAAUGAUACUUGUUGCUGAAAAGUUGUGGUGUUCCACUGUAAAUUCCAUUGCUAUUCUAGAUCCUACAUCACUUGAGAUGGAGCACACAUUCCAAGUUGCACCAGAUCUUGGGAGACAUAUAUCAGAAAUGGUUCUUUCUGACCAAGGAGUUUGGGUUACUAUGCAGAGCAGUCCCGUCAUUCAUUUAUAUCAUUCAACUUCAUAUGAUCAUCUUUUGGAACUGAAUAUAUCAUCACCUAUCACUAAAAUGAUUAGUGCUUAUGGCGAAAUCAUCAAACGGCAUAAACUUGCUUGUUUACGCAUUUCAUCUAUAUGUGUUGAAAAGAAUCUGCUUUGGAUUGGCACAAGUUCUGGAAUAAUUUUAAAUUUGCCCAUACCAUCUUUUUCCUCACCAAUUUCAUCUGCAGAUCUUAUACCAACUAUCAUUGGUAUGCCACAUGGGCAUUUUGGUUAUGUUCGUUUUAUUACCAGUUUAUACGCCACAUCUGGUAGAGAUUCAUCUGCACAUGAAGGACUGAGCAGUUUAGAUGAUAGCUCAGUACCAUGCACUUCUGCUGAUAUUUCAAGAGAUUCCCCAUAUUCUGCUCUGGUAAUUAGCGGAGGUGAUGGAUAUGAAGACUUCAGCAGUAGGGUCUCUGCAGAUACGACUGGUCGUGAUGACAGUACAAAUCACUUGCUUAUGUGGCGAGUUUGAUGUGUUAAACAUGAAUUGAUGUUUAUUGAUUUAAGAGAUCCAAUGAAAGUUUAAAAUGUGGAUCUUUUCAUAACAUGGAAGUUACAGUAGUUGGGUGGAGCCGACUUUGGAUUAGUUUUUUUAUCCUUUUAAAAGCAUCUGUACAGAUUUAAAAAACCAUAUCAAACAAAAUUAAAUAUAUCAAUAAUAUUCAAGUUGUUCGAAACAUUAAAUAUAUAUCAAAAUUCCUGAUUUUAGUACACAAAGUACAUUUUGUAAUUUCUUAAAUUAAGAUUGAGAUUAGAUAUAUGUAAUAUAAAAGAGCUUCAGCACUAGCAUAAUGUCGGUAAAUAACUACAUCAUAAGUUAGAUUUAAAAUAUUUUUGUAAGCAAAAACAAAAUUCAUUUUUAUUCUUAUACCAUCUCAAAGUAUAUAUUUUAA